AUGCCCCCCUUCGUCCUCAUUUCUCCCGCCACGCGCGGACUGUCCCUCGCUCUUGCUCGCCACACUCUCCGUACCACCCACCACCCUGUGUUCGCGACCUACCGCCCUUCUCCGACGACCCGCUCUGCCAGUCACUCAGACGAACCCAGGUCGCCCGAGUCCGUCCGCGCCCACAUCCUCCGUCCGCUCGCCAGGGAACAAGUCGAUCGGUCUCGUCUUCACGUCCUCCCUCUCGACCUCCUGUCCGAAGACAGCAUCGCGACCGCGGCGGCCGACCUCUCACGCACCCUCUCCAGCCUCCAAUCUCCCCCUCGCACCUCGCUCUCGCAGCGGCAGCCGGCGGACCUCGACCUCGCCACCAUCGACGAGACGUUCCGGCUGAAUGUGAUCUCCCACCUACUCCUCAUCAAGCACUUCUCCCGCUUCCUUCCGCCGCCCUCCGUCGGGCGCGCAAGCGAAGAAGCCGCCCUGGCGAAGUGGGUGCACGUCUCGGCGCGGGUGGGCUCGGUGUCGGACAACCGGCUCGGGGGCUGGUACUCGUACCGGGCGUCGAAGGCAGCGCUCAAUCAGGUCGUGCGGACGUUCGACCUGCACUUGCAGGCGAAGCGCGUGCCCGCGAUCUGGGUUCCCGCGGAGAAGCUACUCGAGCCAGAAGAUGUGGCAGCGAAGUUGGUUGGGGUCGUCGAGAAGCUUGGGACGGCCGAGAGAGGACGGAUAUGGGACUGGAAGGGCGACGAAGUGCCACCAUGA